AAGUUUUUAGUCGAGAGGAUCGGCAUUGCUUAUACGCUUGGGUACGAGCCUGUGCGCUGCCAGGGCGCGGCAGGCGUAUCUUCUGGUCCUGAUUUCCUUUCCUUUGGCAUUGCAGCGUCAGCGAUGGCCCGUCGCAAGAGCUACAGCCAUGUAACCAAGAUGCUGCUUAUUGCUGCUGUCUCCGGUCUGGACGCGCCAUAUCUCGCAAGGCGUGGAGUUUUGGCGCGGGCGCUGCUGGUCGCGCCGGGCGCCGCGCUUGCCGGCGUCGUGGCACCAGGCGCAGCGAAUGCGGGCAUCGCCGACCAGCUCGAGGCCGCGUCGAGGGCGUCCGAGAUCACUUACAGUCAAAACGGCCGUAAUUUUGCACGCAUGGCGGCCGGCGACAAUUCAAUGGGUGCCAAGAAGAACACUUCCUUGGAGCCGCGUGCAAUGAAACGGCGGGCCACGAUGGGCUGCAAGUCCGGCAAGGUCCUGGCGCAGGCAAAAUUUGCCGACGAGAAGGCGUGCACGGUCGCCGUGCUCGACGGGCCCGGCGUG